CUGACGGUCUCACAGCGUAUUAUCGCGAGUUUAUUACGUCACAGCACAACAACCAUCGUCGAAGCCAAACCAGCAGAACCAGCAGAUCAUCGAUCGCUCUCCCGACGCCUCAUCUUGAUUCUUCUCAUACACCAUGCCCGCCGAGAGUUCAAAUCCAAAUCCAAAUCCAACCCCCAAGGAUGACUUCCCGUGGCACCUGGGCGUGUUUGACGCCCACUGUCACCCCACUGACACCAUGUCAUCCAUCGGGGAAAUCCCCCAGAUGAAGGCCACCACAUUGACUGUCAUGUCGACGCGCGGGGAGGACCAGGACUUGGUGCUGCAGACCGCUGCCUCCCUGACCAAGGAUCAAAAUGCCACUCAAGGUUUAAGUGCAGCACCAGGGCCCGUGCUACCGUGCUUUGGCUGGCAUCCGUGGUUCUCAUAUCAAAUCAUCGACGACGUCGCAGGCUCACCAGCGAUCGACGAAGCCUCCUCUCCCGCCGAGCGAAAGAAAUUACACUAUAAGAAGGUCCUCACGCCCGCCCCAGACGAUGACUUCAUCCUUUCGUUACCAGACCCCAAGCCGAUCUCGCAACUGCUCUCGGAAUCCCGAGCUCGGUUGACGGAAUGCCCCAACUCUCUCGUCGGUGAGGUCGGGCUGGAUCGUAGCUUCAGACUGCCCAAGGCAUGGACCCAGGAAGAGAAGGAAAGGCGGGACGAGCAGAUGACCCCUGGGUCCCGCGAGGGCAGACAGCUCUCCCCCUAUCGGGUGCAAUUGGAGCACCAGAAGUCCGUGCUGAAGGCUCAGUUGCGUCUAGCCGGCGACCUCCAACGACCAGUCUCAGUGCAUAGCGUGCAGGCGCAUGGGGCAGUCUUCGACAUUUUCAAGGCUCUUUGGUCGGGGCAUGAGCGGAAGGCCGUCCCCCGACGGGACAGAUGUCGACGGUAUAGUGUUACAAACGCGCAUGCGGAGAGCGAUGCAGAGGAAGAGCAGGCGCAGGAGCCAGGAAAGCCGGAAGAGACCCCUCUUCCCUUUCCGCCACGGAUCUGCAUGCACUCGUAUUCAGGACCUGUGGAGCCGUUGAAGCAAUUCCUGAAUCCGUCCCAUCCGUCAGAUGUCUACUUUUCCUUCUCGUCUGUCAUUAACUUCAGCGGACCUUCGUCGCAGAAGGUGAUUGACGUUAUCAAGGCUCUGCCAGAAGAUCGGAUCCUCAUUGAGAGUGACCUGCAUACGGCUGGGCAGCAGAUGGAUGACCUGCUUGAGGAGGUCGCCCGGCAAAUUUGUGAGAUACGCGGUUGGGCUUUGCAUGAUGGCGUUCAGCGACUCGCUGAUAAUUGGAAGAGAUUUGUUUUUGGGGAAAAGAUGACCUGAUGCAGUGGAUCUGGUCUUUGGAAUUUAUAAGUUAUCAGGGUACAUAUUGUGUGCUAAGCAUCUAGUCAUGACUGUUAAGAAAGCAAAGAAUGAUAUUAAUACUGACGGUAUGCAGCCAGACGGCUCCAUACUGCAGUCAAACCGUG